UUUUUUUUCUAUUCUCUUUUGCUAAUCAAAGUGUCGCCAUUUUAAUUUCUCUCUUGUGACUAAUUAAUUGGAUAAAUAUUUUUCUUUUGAUCGUUUUAAUUACUUUAAUUUCUAUUGCUCAUCAAUUUAUUACUCAUUUACAUGAUUAUUUAACCGACAGUUAACAUGAUACUCACAAGGAUAACAUUUAUUACCCUUGGAUUAAUCUUUCAAAGUGGAUUAAUCUCUGGACAAUCCCAGCGAAGUCCAUAUUAUGGGACUUAUAUCGGUAAACUGGACACUACUUUGCAUAAUGUUGCUGGGGAUGUUUUCUCAGUCGAUGAAAACACAAUUUUCAUUAAAGGAUUUUCUUAUGACGGAACAGCUCCUGACGCUUAUUUCUGGGCUGGAACCACAACCAAUCCCGAUGUGACGGGUUUCAUUGUACCAGAUGAGAAAGGAUCGACCAAACCACUUGGAGCAUAUACAAAUAAGGAUAUUGUCUUGCGUUUGCCUGAGGGUAAAACAUUUAAAGAUAUCAAAUGGUUUUCCGUUUGGUGUCGUAAAUUUAAGGCCAAUUUUGGACAUAUCAAUGUUCCUCGUAAUUUAAUCAUACCAACUCCGGUUGAGAUUCGUCCCUUGUCACAAUUAGACCAUGGAGUUAAAUCAGGCCCAAUUACAAUAGUUGAUGCACAAACUUUUCUCAUCAAUGAUUUCCAUUAUGAUGGCCAAGGUCCAGCCGGCUAUUGGUGGGCUACUGCAGGUUCACGGCAAAGUUCAUCGGGUUUAAGAUUAAAGGAUGAAAACGGCUCGGAAAAACCUUUACGACGUUACUCAGGUGAAACCGUGGUUAUCUCACUUCCCGAAGGCAAAACAAUUUGGGACUAUGAUUAUAUCGGCGUUUGGUGUGAAGAGUAUCAAGUAGACUUUGGUAAUACUCGAAUACCUCAAAAUAUUCGUGUUCCUCCACCAAAAAUGCUCGGUGUUAAACCAGAGAGUAAACUAAAUUGUGAAGUUCUCUAUGAUCAACUUGGCUUUGAAUUACGUUGGGUAAUGGACGGAGAUGAUAUUGUCAUGCAACUUGUUGGUAAAAUAGAGCCCAAUGAAUAUAUGGCGUUUGGAUUAUCUAAAGAUGACUCUAAAUCCAAUAUGGUUGGAUCUGAUUCUGUUGUUACCUGGUUCGAUUCAAAUGGAAAGGGUCAUGCUGUUGAUUACUAUCUUGGUAGUAAGGAACAGUGUGUUGGAACAAGCGGAAGUUGUCCUGACUUGAAAUACUCAGGAGCAUCAGAUAGCAUCACACUUUUACAUGCAGCUCUCGUUAAUGGAUUUACCUUGGUUACCUUUAAACGGCCACAAUUAGGAGUUGAUGAUAGAUUCGACCAGCAUGUUUAUAGUGAUGGUAAUCAAGCAGUUAUUUGGGCGAUUGGACCAUUAAAUGAUCGAAAUGAAGUAUCUUAUCAUCGAUUGCGAUCCCGUAGUAAUAUUUUUAUCGAUUUUGCUCGAACACCUAAAUGGAAUUGUCCUAAUUCAGAAGCAUCAUCACCAACAACAUCAUCAUCCACUCCCUCAUUGUCUGGCUCAUCAUCUUCAACACCAUCAUCAACAUCUUCAAGAACAGGAACAUCAUCCCCACCAUCAGCUUAUCCACCUCGUUCACCUAAGCCACAAUCAACUGUUGGAUCAGCAGUUUGGGAUAUCCCACCGGUUAUUUGUCCCUCUGAUUACACUUUCCGUGCUCAAAUAGGACCAGUAGGUGGUAAGAAAGGUUAUCAAGGUAUAACUGGUAAAGUUGGCUGGGGAAUCGCUUGGUAUAUUAAUGGAUUAAUUGUUCCAGAAUUGACUGUUGAACGAGGUAAAACUUACACCUUCAUUGUUGAAGGUGGAAAUGAUAAGGUUCACUCUUCUCGACAUCAUCCUCUUUAUAUAACUGACUCAGCUGAAGGUGGAUUUGACCAUAAAACAAGAGAAGAAAGAAGCAGAGAACGAAUUUUCGCUGGUGUUGGAAUAACCAAACGAGGUGAUUUAGUUCCAACGGCUGAGGGUCGUCUCUGUGAGUGGAAAAUAGAUACUCGAACAAGGGAGCAACCAGAUGAUUUUAAAGAUUUCUUUGAUUUCCAACGAACUUUGUCACUUCAAUGUUCAUCUGGAGAACCAGGAGUUUUAAGAUGGAAACCUGAUGCAAAUACACCAGACAUUGUCUAUUAUCAAUGUUACACUCAUCGGUACCUCGGUUGGAAGAUCAGAGUAGUGGAUUCAUGUGAUCAAUUAGCAUCUGCUUCGAUUACCCAUAUUUAUCAUGCUACUGCAGAUAACUCAACCCGAAUCGGUUCAUCAGCCCAGAACUUGGAAAUUGCUCCUCGUCGUAAAGCCGAGAAAAAACAGCGUAAAACUGGACCAAGCAAUCGAGCUCGUGGUGCUAUUCCUCCAUCCUCCUUACCAACAAACGUAACCAGCAACGCUAAUGUCAAGAAUGGCACAGUUCGAGUUAGACCAAAACAACAACCAUCUGAUGCUGUUAAUGGUGAUAUCCGAUUUCGAGAAAGGAAGCCAGUUCUAAGUUAUGCAAGCCCUUACUCACCUUUCCCUCGAUACGUAACACCUUCACUACCUGUUCUUUAUUCAUCUUUACCACCUAAUUCCCCUUUUGGGCCCAUAAGACCACUUGAUAUGCAUAUUGGACCAAUUCCACCACCACCGCCGCCCUUUAAUCCAAAUCAAAUGAAACGAACUCCAGUUUAUGUCAGACAACGACUUCCACCUCCAAUUCCCCCCACUCCUCCUCGUUCACUUGCACCCAAAUUAAAUAAACUUACAACCGCUCCAGUGGCAAGGAAAAAGUCAACAGUAGCUCCCACAACCAAACCAACCACAGUAACAACACUCGCACCUCUAAUAACCAAACCGAUGACAACUGUAUCAGCUAAAUUAGUAACAACAACUAAACCCAAUCAAGUUUCAUCAUCAUCAUUACCAUCAUCAACAACCACCACAACUAAACAACCAACUUCAAGUGAUUCAAGCGAAACUGGAUUAGCUGAAAAUCUUCAUGGUGGCUUCCUUCCUGUACUAAUUAACUCCAAAGGUCCAACAACAGUAACAACUGAACAACCUCGAACAACACUCGAUGACUUACAAUCAACAAAAGAUUCAUCAUCUUUCUUUAAUAGAGGCUUCGAUUUAACCCGUAACCCAAUCACUGGAUUACCUUAUUACUUUACAACAUCGGCAGCUAAUACAACCUUUAGUCCAAUUGAAUUGAACAAUUUAGGUUACCGUCCAACAAGUGAUCAAGAUAAAUGGGAAAACAUUUUAUUACCUGUUGCAAAUAUGGGAAGUGAAUUAACCUCAGGUGAAAAUAUUGAUGCCAGUAAAUUAAAUUCAAAAGAAACAUCAACACUUGAUCAAGUUAUCAUGAAAAUGUUUAAUCAAUCAUUUGGUUUGGGUAAUAUUUAUCCAAUGCUACAUGGAACUGAUUCAUCUGAGGAAAAUGUUAGCAGUGGAGAAGACAAAAAGUCAACUUCAUCUUCAGAAGUUUUCGAUCCCUCAUCCGUUGAUAUUUCAUCUUCACCAUCAUUCAUACCAUCUUCAUCUAUUCACCCACAACAAUCAAAUCCAAGCAUAAUCGAGAAAGGAUUAACUGGAGUUCCAUUCAAUUCAAAACCGAUUAUAUUACCAACAUCAACGGUGCCAAUUAACCUUUUCAGCAGCCCAAUAAUCUCUAGUCAUCCGAUUAUCGAUUAUCCAUUUUUCUCAUCAUUUUAUCCAUCUCAUUAUGGAAUCGCACCUUCAUCUUCAUCAUCUUUACCUCCAUCAUCUUCCUCACAAUCAUCUCCAUCUCCUUCAUCAUCAGCAUCUUCACUAGCACCAUCCUCCUCAUCUGUUUCAAUUUCACCUUCAGAUUCAUCUUCUAGUCAAUUAUCAUCAUACACUGAAACAAUUAACCAACAAUCACAAUCAACAAACACUUUUGGUGACCAUCAAUCACAACCGGAAACAACAACCCAACCAAUAGAUGAAUCUUUUAAUUCUGGACCAUUUGAUUUCUUUGGAUCCGAUGGAAUGACCUUAUCUUCAUCAUCUUCUUCAUCAUCUUCAUCAUCAAUCAGUUCUAAUGGUACCGAUGAUGCAAUCUUAUCUCACAUCAUGUCACUUAUUGCCGAUAACGCUGCUCCCCCUGAGGUUAAAAUUGUCUCUAAAUCAGACGGAACCUCAUCAUCCACUCAUGUUGAAGUUCAUCAUAAUUUAAGUAAAAGAUCAGCUCAUGAUCCUGAUCAUCAUCACAAUGACGGUUAUGACCAUGAUGAUGACCACCAUAAACAAUCAUCAUCAUCAUCAUCAACUAUUUUAUCAUCCAAUUCAGUUUCUUCGGGUAACAAGGUUUUUAAAUAUUGGUCAUUGGUAAUCAAUUCCUUUAUAACAAUAUUGACAUUGACAAUUUUUUCUAAUUAAUAAUUAAUUAUUUUUAUAUACAAAAUUUUUAUAUACAAUCAAAAAUCUUUUAAUAUUAUUAUUAUCAUCAAUUAUAAAUCCACCUACACUAUUAUCCAGGAGUGCAAGAGAAAAGAAGGAGAUAAUUCAAUUUAAUUCAUUGGAAAAGUCGAGCUUUGGACAAUCAAGACGCGUUAAUUUCCAGCAUUGAACAUGUAAUUUUAUCCUCGACUUUGACUUUGUCUCUGAUAAAAACACUAAUCGCAAUAAAAUCAAAUCGCGAUUUAAGAUCAAACCAUUUUUUUCCUAUUAAUUGUAUCUCCUGUCGUGGCCUCGUUCGAGUUUUGUUUCGCUAUUUAAUUAUUAUCACAAUCAGUUUGAAUCGAUCUAUUUAAUUGUAAUCAAUAAGUUUCAUCUGCAAUUAGGUUAUUUGUUGAAGUUAAUUAAAUGAGAGCAUAAACUUGA